AUGGAGAUCGUCGAUGAGGGGGAGAGAGAGGCGCAGCUGGCCAUUCCGGCCAUGGCGGGGAUGGGGGCAGUGAGAAGCUACAACUUCCGGUCAGAGAAAGAAGUCUCCGUCCCAAAGCCAUGCUUCGAGAGGCCCGUGGAUCUUAGGAUGGACGUUGAGAGUGGAUCUUCUCCCGUGUUCAAGAGCAACCCUCUCCCGAUUUUUCUCAAGGUAUAUGUGUUUACGUGUACGCAUUCUCUUAUAGAGUUCCUUGAGUUUCUCCGUCCGGAUGGUGGUGAUGGGCAAAGAGGAUCUCUGGUUUUGGUGAUGCCAAGUUCGAGGACGUCGAGUACACGGUGGGGCUUCAUCCCAGGGACCCUGUGUGGGCGGCGGUGAGGACUGUUGCCUCCCAGAUGAGCGAUCGCAGGCAUAUCUUGAAGGGGAUAACGGGGAGCGUCGGCCCGGGUGAGGUGUUGGCUCUGAUGGGUCCGUCUGGCAGCGGCAAGACAACGUUGUUGAAGAUCGUCGCCGGAAGGCUGAGCGAUAACGUCAAAGGGAGCAUCACCUAUAAUGAUAUUCCAUAUAGCAGCGCCCUUAAGAGAAGGCAAGUGGCCUCUCUCUCUCUCUCUCUCUCUCUCUCUCUCUCGCUCGCUCGCUCGCGAUCUAUCUGUCUCCAUGUCUAUUUCUCUGUCCCUCCGUCUCCCCAUUCCCUCUUUAUCAUGACCUAUGCCUUAUGCCUUCGCCCGUUAAAACACCUGAUCUGAUACACAGGAUUGGAUUCGUGACACAAGAUGAUAUUCUCUUCCCUCAGCUGACCGUCCAAGAAACCCUCGUCUUUGCUGCAUUUCUGAGGCUGCCUACAAAUAUGAGCCGCCAACAAAAGCUCCAGAGGGCAGAGUUAAUCCUCAAGGAACUGGGUCUAGAGAGGUCAGCUCCAUGAAAUAUCGCCAAGGGUCAUAUCUACAGAAAGAAAAAACACUAGAGAACAUGCUUGAAGAAGCAUCGAACACAUUAUCUUUCAAUGAUAGAAGAUGUUUCUUUUAUGAAUUUCCUAAUGAUCGGAAUUUCAAUCUAUCUUAAAUUAAGUGCAUCAAGAAACCCGUGUUACAGAUGCCGUAAUACAAGGAUCGGAGGAGGAUUCGUUAAAGGCGUAUCUGGAGGAGAGAGGAAGAGAACCAGCAUUGGCUAUGAAAUUCUCGUCGAUCCUUCGUUGCUCUUACUUGAUGAGCCAACAUCAGGCGUUGACUCAGCCUCUGCGAACAGGCUCCUCCAGAUUCUUCGAAGACUCGCCAAGGUACCGAGAUCGUAAACCAUAGACAGAUGAACCAUAGAUAGUUAUGAGUGGUUCAUGAGUAUUUUUCUAAACCAUCAUUUUCCAGGCCGGAAGGACGAUCAUAACGACGAUUCACCAGCCUUCAAGCAGGAUAUUCCAUAUGUUUGAUAAACUCCUAUUAAUAUCCGAUGGUCAUCCGAUGUACUACGGUGAAGCUAGCAACAGCAUGCAGUACUUCUCGUCACUGGGUUUCGUCCCACAGCUGGCGAUGAACCCUGCGGAAUUUCUGCUUGAUUUGGCCACCGGGAAUGUGCACGAUAUGAAUAUCCCGGAGGCCUUGCAAAGUUCCUCCGAUUCGGAAGAAAUUGGACAUGAUAUAGUAAAGGUAACCUCAUUCAAUCAUACUUAAGAUGGGCAUACUAUAAAGCCUAGGGUAGGGGUAUAUGUAUAUAUACAGAUACAGGUAGAGGGGGGGGACACAGGGGUUUUAAGGAAUUUUACCAAAGGAACAGCGUCUGAAACAGUUUUUUCUUAAAUCAUCGGGUUUUCGCGAUUGAAACGGUGGGAGGGAGAGAGGGGGAGAGAGAGAGAGAGGAUUUCAUCAAUUCCAUCAAAUGGGUAUUGUUCCCUUUAAAAUAUUAGUUCUCUUUUAUUACUUUUUUCUUCGUUCAGCUGAGACUUAUAGUCUUUCUAGUUCUUGCAACGAAAGUAUAAGAGCGAGUUGGAACCCGGGGAGAAAGAAGAGAAUCACCGAAGAGCCAAAGCACCGAGGCAUCUUCAAUUGGCAAUCCAGCUCAAGAAGGAUUGGACAAUGACUUGUGCGGAGCAGUUUGUGAUACUUUCCAAGAGAACUUUUAGAGAGAGAUGCUCAGAUUACUUAGACAAGCUUAGACUGCUUCAAGCUAUUGGCGUUGCAGUUCUCUUAGGCCUCCUUUGGUGGAAAUCCAAGAUAGAAACUGAAGCCCAGCUUAGAGAUCAGGUGACAAACACUAAAUCUCUCUCUGACCCUUUUACUCUUAAUUUCGAAGCUUCUUGAGUUUACAAUGCCCAAUGUUCUACAUUCCGAAGUUUCCUCUGAUUCUUCAAUCGCUCGGAAAUUUGACUUCUUUCAAGUACCUAUAGUUGCGAAUACUUUCCGUAUCAUAUCAGAAUAUCAUUUCAACCAGAGGGAUGCUGGGAUGGAGCAUUGGACUUAUGAUCAGAUUCGCUGUUUCAAAUGUAUCGAUAAUUGAUCGGUAAGAAAUUUGGAUCGAUGGUGCCAAUCUCAAUCAGACCUCGGAUCGAUUAAGGAUUUUACCUCAUAAAUGCCCUAAACUCUCAUUGGAUACGAACACACAAAUAUGAUUUGUGGAAUUAGACCAGGUUGUAUGUUUCUCGAUUUAAUACUCUAAAAGUCGUUAUUUUUGUCUCGAUUUUGACAUCGGAUAUUAGAGAACUAUGGUGCUCGUCUUAAUAGAAGUCUAUGUCUGGCGGUAUUAGCCAAUGCAAUUAGUCUUCAUAAGACUAUCGUAAACUCCCAUCGAUCAAACUUUAUUGAAGGUAAACUUCUCCUUAGGCCGAUUAUUAUGUCUCUAAAACCGUCAUCAAAAUCAAUUUUCCUGAAGGUUCAAGAGAUCCAUACCUUAGAGGAAGUGUGGUCAGCUGCGGAAAUCUUUUAUAACAUGUCAUGACGAUCUAAAUGGGCGGAAAUGGGAGGGCUGUCUUGCUGACCCUUUGCUGUUUUGAGUGAAGAACAGAGAUAGCAGGACGUCUAGUAGAUCUAAUAUUUCGCCACUUUUAUUCCUCCGUACUUCUUUUGGAAAGAGCCUUUUGUCAGAUCACCAUUUCCUCAAUCUGGAAUAAGAUUUGUAAUUGAUAAAAUCCCUACUGAGUACGGAUACGGACUAAAUCCCACUAUUUAUUCUAUCUCUGGAUCUGAGGACCUCCCUCUUCUUGAUUCAGAUAGGUCUGAUGUUCUACAUCUGCAUAUUCUGGACGUCAGCAUCCCUCUUUGGGGCGGUGUACGUCUUCCCGUAUGAGAAGUCAUACCUUGUGAAGGAGAGGAAGGCGGACAUGUACAGGCUCAGUGUGUACUACGUGUGCAGUACCCUCUGCGACAUGGUGGCUCACGUUUUCUACCCCACUAUCUUCAUGGUCAUCAUCUACUUCAUGGCUGACUUCAAGAGGACCGUUCCUUGCUUCUUCUCGAUGUUAGCAUCGGUGCUCCUUAUUGUGAUCACAAGCCAGGUAAAAUCUGAAUUAGGUCUUUGCUCUAUUUAUUCUCAAUCCGUUCUUCCAUGUGAAGGUGAUUUAGGGUUUGAGAAUAGGUCACAAAAAGAGUGUCCGAGGUGUUUUUAUCCCCGAAUAUGGUUUACGGUUAGUAGCUUAUGAUUUUACAUCUGUAAACGACUUCAUUUCAGUAAAAUCCUCCGCAUUUGAUCUCCUUUUACCUGCCCGGGAUGGCGAUUAUGGUUUAAAAAGAGUGCUGAAAGUGACCUUAUAUCUGGACAUGUUUAGGGUUUAAGGUCCAAGGUUUACCUCUGUGUGGACUUUAUGUUGAGAAGAUCCUGUACCAUUAUCUCUGCUCAUCUUUUUAGGGUCUGGGCUUUGAGGUGGUGGCCGCAGGCUAAGUUUGCAAUCCUUGAGAUGUCUCAUGAAUCUGUUUGGCCAGUUCAAAAUUAGCAAAUUUAUACGAAAAGAUCACGAUGCCCUUUGACUUGAUCCCCAUGCCCAGGGAGCUGGGGAGCUCUUCGGUGCCGCCAUUCUCAGCAUAAAGAGAGCCGGGCUCAUGGCCUCCCUGGUCCUCAUGCUCUUCAUCCUCACCGGCGGCUACUACGUUCAGGUGAUCCCUUCAUCUCCUCCUCCCAACCAGUUAUUCCCAGAAUCCAAACGGGCCCUCCGAUGGCGUUUCUUCUGUUUUCCGUUCACGCAGCACAUCCCCAUCUUCAUGCGGUGGCUCAAGUACGUCUCCUUCAUGCACUUCGGCUUCCGGCUCAUGCUGAAGGCGCAGUACUCCGGCGACGAGCCGUACGAGUGCGGGGGUCCGGGGGGCUGCCGGCGAUUGCAGAGCUCGCCGUCGUUCGACACCGUGAACCUCGCCGGCGGCGUGGAGGAGGUGUGGAUUCUCCUGGCCAUGGCGCUGGCCUACCGCCUGCUGGCCUUCUUCUGCCUCCGCCGGAGGAUAAGCGCCGCGCCCUGUUGA